AUGACAUCCUCAACCCCCUCCACCACCCCCUCCAUACCAACCCUCCACACCAAAGCCGAGUACCUCAAAGCCGUCAUGUACGAAGGCGUCACCAUCCUCCAAGGCACAGCCACCUGGUGCAAGAACUGCCACAUCGUCGCCCCUGAAGUCGCAAAGAUGGUGGCGGAGUACCCAAAUGUCAAGUUUUACACGUAUGAUGUGGAGGAGUGUGAGGAUAUUGCGCAGGAGCUGGGGGUUAGGAGUAUGCCGAGUUUUAGUGUGUUUAAGGAUGGGGAUAUUAUGGAGGGGGUUACCGGGGCGAGGCCGAGGGAGGUUAGGAGGGCUAUUGAGGGGUGUUUGUAG